UGUACGGCAAUGACAACAAGUUAUCGAAAAAUGUGAAAAGUAUGGCGAAACAAAUACGAAUGGUACUGAUCGACCUCAGUGGAACAUUGCACAUUGAUAACACAGUGAUCCCAGGUGCAGUGGAAGCUUUGAACAGACUUCGAGACGCCAACAUACCAUUGAAAUUUGUUACGAACACAACGAAAGAGUCUAAGAAUGUUCUGCACAACCGAUUGACAAACCUCGGCUUCGCGAUCAAGAGAGAAGAGAUCUUUAGCUCGUUGGCUGCUGCAAGAAGAUUAAUCGCCUCCCGGAAAUUGAAUCCGAUGUUGUUGAUCGACCCUGCUGCCAGCGAAGAUUUCGAUGAUUUGGUGAAGAGCAAUGAGAGGGCAAACGCUGUAGUAGUCGGCCUGGCACCGAAUAAAUUUCAUUACGAUGCAUUGAACGAGGCAUUCAGAUUAUUAUUGGACGGUGCACCGCUCAUAGCGAUUCACAAAGGACGAUAUUAUAAACGACCUGAUGGUUUGGCUCUUGGACCAGGCGCCUUUAUCUCUGGUUUAGAAUAUUCCGCUAAUGUCAAGGCGGAAGUUGUCGGCAAACCGACAGCGGAAUUUUUCAGGGCUGCUUUGGAAGAUGUACCACCGGAAGAUGCGGUCAUGAUCGGCGAUGAUGUUAGAGAUGACAUAGCUGGUGCGCAAGCUGUUGGUAUCAGGGGUGUAUUAGUAAAAACGGGAAAGUACCUAAAAGGAGAUGAAAAUACAAUCACGCCAUCCCCUACAAAAGUAUGCAACUCAUUCGUGGAAGCCGUGGAACAUAUUCUUAGAAUGGAAGUCUAGACAUUUUUACUCUGUAUUAGUAUCUAGUUAGGACCGCACGUGUAUAAGUUAUUCUGUAUUAAAUUAGAUGUUUUAUUUAAAUAUU